GGCCGUGGUGCCCGCGGGGGCGCGGGCGGCCUCGGAGAUGCCCAAGGACCUGAUGCCCGGGCCCUACCCCCGGACACCGGAGGAGCGGGCAGCUGCUGCAAAGAAGUACAACAUGCGGGUGGAAGACUAUGAGCCCUACCCCGAUGACGGCUUUGGGUAUGGUGACUAUCCCAAGCUCCCUAAUAAGUCUCUUCAUGAGAGAGAUCCCUGGUACCAGUGGGACCAGCCGGACGUGAGGCAUAACUGGGGAGAGCCGAUGCACUGGGACUUUGACAUGUAUAUUCGGAACCGUGUUGAUACAUCCCCUACUCCAGUUCCCUGGCAUACCAUGCGCAAACACUUCCUUAUCUUUUUGAGUACCAUGCUGAUCAUGUUUGGUCUUGGACAGAUCUAUCCGUCUUACAGGCCUGUGGGACCGAAGCAAUAUCCCUUCAAUGACCUGUAUCUGGAGAGAGGAGGAGACCCCAAUAAAGAGCCACCAGUGGUGACGCACUAUGAAAUCUGAAAGUUGUUGAAGUGCUAUGUUUCUCCUGUGUCAACUCUGCUGGGGAUGGCAUCUUCUCUAGUGUUCACUGUGGCAUGUGUUAAUGCUUGUUCUUCAAUGUUCAACCACUAACUGCAGUGAAAUAUAUUGAUGAUACCUAC